AUGGUUAACAUUUAUCCAGCUGCAGCAAAUCAAACUGUUUGUGUUAAUCGAUCGACAGUUUAUGCAUAUUAUCUAAAUUAUUUUAUCAUUUUAAUUCUCUACAAUGUAUUACCAUUAGCAAUUUUUGUUGCAUUUGGAUUGUUGACAUGGAAAAAUAUACACAAAAUCCGCCGACGACGCAUCGAACCACAACAGCAACGUUUAUCCACAAAUCAACGUCAGGAAUAUCAACUAACAAGAAUGUUAAUGUUGCAAGUUUCUUCGAUUACCAUAUCAACAAUACCUUAUACAAUAAACAGCCUAGGACUUAUGAAUAUUCAUCAACGGAAUUUACCUGAUUCACAUGUACGUCGUUAUUUAGUACCAGAUUCCAAGAAGGAUAAAAAAAAACAAAAUCUAUUUAUGAUACAAUUUGAAUGGCAACCAUCAUUAGUGGAUGUACGUCAACAACGUCUUUAUUUAAGUAUCAAAAAUAAUCUGUCUUUACUUGCACAAGAGCAAACAUAUAUGGGCGAUCUUCAAAUUGAUUUAUCGAAUCUCUAUCCAGAAAAAAAGUAUUGUGGUAUGCAUUACAGGAGCCAAAUACAAGCGAUAUGGUGA